UUCAAGUGACAGGUGCGUUUUACGCGUUUGUGAUUUUGAUAGACUAUACACAACAAAAUAGGAAAUGUUUACAUAAUGACGUUAACUUGAUGAAAGAAGAUCAGACAAACGUAAUUGAUUUUCCGUUAUAUGAUAACCCUGACAUCGUUGUAUAAAAAGAUUUAAAAAUUCCUUUUCACUGACAGACGAAUUGUAGUUUUGUUGAAGAAUUGUGAUCACCAUGGGAGCUGAAGACCAGUAUGACUUUAUAUGGAAAGUGGUACUGGUGGGGGACUCAGGAGUCGGAAAGACGAAUCUCCUGUCUCGCUUCACCAGGAACGAAUUCAAUGCCGAGAGUAAGACUACAAUAGGAGUGGAAUUUGCUACAAGAAAUGUCCAGAUCCGAGGGAAGACGGUGAGAGCCCAGAUUUGGGACACAGCUGGGCAGGAGAGAUACCGAGCAAUAACUAGUGUGUACUAUAGAGGAGCAGUGGGGGCACUUGUUCUCUAUGACAUCACAAAGCCGGCAACGUUUGAGAACCUGGACAAGUGGAUCAGCGAGCUGAAGGAACAUGCUGACCCGUGUGUGUGUAUCAUGAUCGUGGGCAACAAGACAGACCUACGGUCACAGCGGGUCGUCUCCACAGAGGAGGGGAGGCUCCUGGCAGAGAAGUACCGCUACUCUUUCAUUGAGACCUCUGCUUUAGAUGCAUCUAAUGUAGGCGAGGCUUUCAACAAUUUAUUAGUCGACAUUUUUAAUAUCCAGACUGAAGCAGAGAAAUCAGAUUCAACCUCUAGAAUCGUACCACAAGAAAACAAAGGACAGCAAAAUCAAGCCAGCCAGUGUAGCUGUUAAAAAAGACUUUUGAUUCAACCAAUCACUCUGGUUGAUACAAAUCAUCUAACCAAUCAUAAUGGUUUUUAGAGAGACAAUUAUCCAAUCGGUGUGUCUGUUAGAAAGAAAGAUACAUUGAGUUCAAAUCCUGUGGUGCUAACAUUGAGUUCAACUACAGGCAAGAAUAGUAUGGAAGGAAGGCAUUGGGAACUAAAAGAUCUGCCUAGUCUGUCAUCUUAACAGUUCAGUGAGCAAAAUCUAGAGAAAUAUAAGAUAUGUCUGAGAGAGAGAGAGAGAGAGAGAGAGAGAGAGAGAGAGAGAGAGAGAGAGGAGAGAGAGAGAGAGAGAGAGAGAGAUUGUAUAUUUUAGUGUACAUGCUUCUAAAUACAUGCAUAUAUGCAUAAUAGUAUGUCAAUAUUCUGAGUGUUUUUCCUUAACGAGCUUCCCUAUAUUUUACAUAUUAAUUUGAAAAAAACCUUUUAAUAAUUUCUCUAAUUAUUGCCCUAUAAUAUUUAGGAAUUCAUUUAUAUUUGAAUACAAGAUAAAUUAACAUGGCUACUUCUUCUCAAUACUCGAUUAUGAAAUUUGUGAAUCAUAAUUUCAAAUAUUUUCUUUUUGCUGAAGACAGUAGGAAAUAAAAAAAAUUUUUUGACAGAAAUGCAAAUGUUUUUAAGAGAACUUUUUAUUGCUACAAAAAUAACAUGAUUUUUCUUUUUUGAAAUGUGCAAUUUGAUAUGACUUGCCAAUGCAGUGUUUAUGUAAUGAAGUUUAUACUACUGGUAGUAUUCUCCAAAAUGAUAAAUUUUAAGAAAAGUAGCCAUGAGAGAAAAAUUACCAAUAUAAAUUAAUUGACAGAAAUGAUUCAUUUUAGAAAUUUGUGUUGGUUUGGUUAUCAUUUAAAAAAUUGAAAUUACUGUACAGAAAUUUAGGUUAGAAUGGAUUUUAAAAAAUUGAUUUUUAUCAAUUAUGUUAGGGAAAAAGAAAUUGAUUUGGCAGAAAUAAUAGAUUUAUACAUGUUUUGUAUGUUUGUUAUCAUAAAAGAAAAAAAUUUGAAAAUGAAAUAACUAGACAUUAAGGUUAAAAAGGAUUAAAGAAAAACAGAUAUAAUCAAUAUGUUGAUCACUGACCUGUGUUAUUAGAUGUUCAGUCUUACAGUUUUACAUUAAUGAUUAGAAUACUUUGGAAGAGAUUUGUAACCAAAGCACAUAUUUAUGUGGUAGUUGUUCCAACUAUAUUCCCUAACCCAGAACAAUACCAAGAACUCUUUUAAUCUUUGAUUUGAUUGGUCGUUUAGAGAAUGGGGUCAUUAUUUAAGAAGUUUUUCAGUUUUUGUUUUACAAAGAAUUAUAGAUUAGAAGUGAUUUAUAUGUAUUUUUUUCAAUGAUAGUUUAUAAGUAGAUAUUUGUUGUUGUGAUUUUUUAGCCCUUUAUAUUGUGGUUUUCCCUAUUGUCUAUUUUUCUUGAGCCUUUUUCAAAUUUGUUGGUCUGACUUUGUUAAGAAGUAUUUUUUAUUGUAGAACAUGAUGGAAAUUCUAAAGUUCAUAUAAAUUCAUCUACAGAAACUGUUACAGCUUUACAUUAAACAAAUUAAAUUUUGUUAAAUAGAGAUGAACAGUGGCAAAACUGUUGAGCGGCAACUUGUUUUUGUGACAAAGCCCUAUCAAUAUCUUUUUUGUUAUAACAACCAUAAUACAAUGAUGGCUGUUUCACGGCAAGAAAUAUUCCCAACAACCAGGCUCUCCCGAACCUCGCAAAAAUUUCUAGCUAGCAAUAACAGUUGAUUUACAGUAAAUUUUCAGCAUUUUUCAAGUUAAAUUGUGAUUAGAUUUUGGUUAUACAUUUAACGUUUACAAUCUUGUUGUGUUUGGUUUAUGUAUGUAUAUAAUUAUAUCAUGUUAACUUUAUAUUCUGUGAUCAAAUUGGGUUGUGAAUAACUUAUUCAUGGAAAAGUAGACCACAUUUUUUUCGAUCAUGUGAUGUGAUUUUUAUUAGUCUUUAUUUCCCUUUGCAUAUCAUGUGCUUUGUUAACAACUGAUUAUAAUGGCUUAUAUACUUGAUGGGAAGAAUACUCUCAUUAUGAAUUUGUAACUUUACAUUCCAUUUAUUCACUGUAGAUACAGUUUGAAGCCCUUUUUUAUACAACAAUAGAGGGACCAACAGCUCUAUAAUACAUAAACCUGGGAAGCACUUCUACUUUUUUUAUCUUGUUAAAUCAAGAUUUGAGUGAAAAAAAACCACACCUAGAAAUUCCAUGAAAAUUUGACGAAAAAUUUCUCAAUACUGUUUACAAGUGCAUUCCAAUUACUAGUAUUUUAUUUUAACAUUUUAUGUUAUCUUGAAAAUGUCGUGUGAAUGAAGCUGUUCAUGUAAAAUAGAAUGUGAUAUUUUUACAUUCAUGUACGUAGACCUAAUGCUGCACAAUAUAACAUUGCCUAAUUUUGUAUUAUCUUACUUUAUAUUUAUUUAACACCAAAGCCGAAUGCUCGAAAUGUGAUCUUUUUUUUUUUCAAUACUUUGAAUGUGGAAUAAAGCUUAGGGAGACACGCAGAAAAAAUACGGUAUCUUUUUUUUCUGACCUAUUUGUCUUAAGGUACCUAAACACAAUUGUCUGACAUUGCAUAUGAGAGGUAAUGCAGCAAAUUUGAAAUUAUUUUUGUAAAAGUCUCCAAUGAAAUGCCAUAUUUUGCUGUUGAAUAUAUUUUGUGUUAGAUUGAUCAUACUUGUACAGGGCAGUUAAUUAUGGUUGUGAACCAAUAUGAUUUAAAGUGGUAUGGGACACCUCCAUAUUGUGACGUACUAUUCAUCAAAAUAAACCAAAAUAUAUAUAUUGAUACAUAGUUUCUUUCUCAAAAUUGUCACCUAGCGAAGUGGUUUGGUAGGUAUACAACAAAUCUGCAAGCCAUGAGUUCGACUCUGGGAAAUUUGAAAUUAUUGCCAAACCAAAUAUUUUUAACACAGAUAUUUUGGUUAAAUGUAAAAUUGGUGACAUUCUAAUUGUAACCGAUGAAAGUAUUUUAAUGACAAUGCACUUCAAUCCUCAUUAAUAUCAACAGAUGUCCCAUACCACCUUAAAGUAAGGACUUAAAAUCUCCUUAAGGUGGAAUAACACAUCAUCACAAAAUGGCUGACCGCUGAUCGAAACGACAUUUCGUUUUAUUAAAAUGAUUUUAUCGACUUUAACAUGCAACUUACUCCAUAGCCGAGUGAAUAAAGUGUCGGAUUUGUGAUCCGUACAUCCCGAGUUCGAAUCCCACAGGGGGGCUUUUGUUGUUACUUACUAAAAUAAUUAUUUUAGAUAUUCAUUUUUUUUCCCCCAAACUGCAAAUUUUUCGCUUAUUUGACAUAUGUACAGUUUAUUUAUCAUUAUAUCUUUCAUUAUCAAAUAAUGUCCUGUUAAUUUGAGUGACUUUUUCCAGAUGUGUUAUUCCACCGUAACUAUAAAGACAUAACUCCAGAGAACAUUUCUGAACAGUUUUGAACGGAUAUUAUGAUAGGCAUUCAUAACAUUUUGAAGGAAAAUAGAUUUUAAAAAAGUAAAUACUGUCAAGGGAGAGAAUUCAGCAUUAAAACAAUAGCUAUAGAAAAUAUCAUGUAGCACAAAGUCAUGGAAAUCUUGUUCAUACAAGUAACAAUAAAAAUUGAUGAACACA